ACCAUUUUCAAAAUGCCUCAAGGAGAAUUAAAGAAGAAAGGCUCAAAGAAUACUAAGAAUGCUCAUAAAAUAUCUAAACAAAAGAAGAAUGUGAAGAAAGGAGCCCGUUAUUUUGCUCCUAGAAAAGCCGCUGCAGUUAAGGAUCAUUUGGCUAAUGAGGGUAUCACCAAGACUAUUAACUCUCGAAACGAACGCAUGGCUGCUGGACUUGCCAGUCAACAAAUGGGCAAAUUGACGAUAACCAAAAGCAUGGGAGACGAAGCUGUCAAAGAGUUGAAAGAACAGAAGCGUUAAUGAUUUGUCGAGCUAUGAUAACAUAAAAGUUUUGGGAUAUGGUACUGGUAUUUUAAUAAACUAUUUUUUUCAUUUUGCUAUUGUAAAAACA